UUACACUUCAAUUCUGGGUAAUACAUCAUUUUGAACUGGUUGUAUUGAAAUAUCCUAGAAUGUCUUUGUAUUUAUUUAUGAGACAGUCUCGCUAUAUAGUUCAGGGUGUCGUUGAACUCACUAUGUAUCCCACGCUGACCUUGAAUUCGCAGUGAUCCUCCUGCCUCAGCCUCUGGAUGGCUGGGACUACAGCCGUGUGCCACCCCGCCAAGCGUGUGUUUUUUUUUUUAAAGUUUGAGUUAGAGUCUUGCUAAAUUGCCCAGGCUGGGCUUGAACUUGCAACCCUCUUGCCUCUGCUUCCCAAAAUGCUGAGAAGACAGGCGUCCACCACCAUGCCUGAUUUUAACCUCUCAGGUUACGGCACUGCUCCAGGCCUCCAGAACUUGUCCCUGAUAAGGUCUCACCACGCUUGGACCAAUGAGCUCGACGCGCGUUCCCUCCUGCGUCUCGCGCGAUAACCAAGCGGCCUUGGCCUUCGCAAUAAAACGCUGGCCUGGCGAUAGGGCCGGAGAUUUAGCUCAGUGGUUUCGCUGCCUUCUGCGCAAGCGCAAGGACCCGAGUUCGAUCGCCGGUACCAAAAAAAACCCCAGCAAACCUUAGAUCCCCAGUGCCAAGAAAAAAAAUCAAAACCAAAACGCUGGCGAUGAAAGACUUUCCCCGCCCACGGAACUGACACCGGAAGCGAAGCGUGUCUGACAGAUCCCUCUGGCUCUACGGCGGAACAGGGAGAAACGUGAUUCUUUGGUCGUAGGCCUCCUGUAAAAUAAUGCACCUUUUUCUUUUCGUGAGACAUUGAAGAUAAACUCCUCUCCCUUUAUACCUACGCCUUGGACAUAAAGGCCGAGAGUUGGGGCGGUAGACGGACGCGAGCGAGUGGGCCUGCGGCAAAGCUCAGGUGGCCGCUGCGGUCCGGUGGCGCAGCUGCUGCGCAUCGCUGGGGCACAGUGGCGGGCCGCGCGGCGCGGCUCAGACGUAGAUCUCUCUGCCAGCCAGUGUGUCUCCUCGGCCCUCGCGCAGGGCGCGGCCACCUUAGCGCGUUAGAGGCAGUAGUGCCUGCGGCAGCCUUGACCUUUGAAGCGGCGGCGGCGGCAGCAUCAGGCUCUGCAGCGGCAAUCCCCAGUGGUUAAGCCAUGGCCCGAAGAGGAGCUGGAUGUACAUCACGGUAGCUGCUCCAGGGGGAGUACAGGAAGCAAUCUUUGUGUUUGCCCACUUGGUAGUAGAGGAACUGCAAGGGGUAUGCACGUGUGCCAAAUUAUCAACAGAAGUAGCCCAAUUCAGUGCAAUGUCGCAUAAAAAUCCCCUUUUACAACUUUGGGGGGAGGUUGAAAGUGAGUCAUCAGGUGAUUCGGCUACUGAUGAUGACUUGGAUCAUGUAAGCCAAAGAAGUUUCGACAGUGAGACGGAACAAGAAAUGACAGAUAGAGAAGUAGAGAAUGAAGGCCUUGAUUCAGAUGAGGAAGACAAAUAUUUGACUAGUAGAAAUGGUACAAAAUGGUCACAUCUACCUGAACAAUCUGACGUUAGAACUAGUUCAGAAAAUGUUAUUAGGUUCUUGCCAGGGGUGAAACCUAUUGGACAGAAUGCCAACACUGCGAUUCAGUGUUGGAAAUUGUUUGUAACGGAUGAUAUGCUACAAGAUAUUGUGAAGUACACUAAUAAUGAAAUACAACUAAAACGUUCUAUAUGCAACAAUAGUAAUACUGAAAAACAUAUUUAUCAUGACACCUCACUAUCUGAACUAAAAGCCUUCAUAGGUCUGUUGUAUAUAGCAGGACUUUAUAAUUGUGAGAAUCUAAAGGAUUUAUGGAGAAAUGAUGGCUGUGGUGUUAAGAUUUUUAGAACAACAAUGACACUCCAGAGAUUCUCUUUCCUUCGAAAUUGCCUACGUUUUGAUGACAAAAAGACCCGCCAAGAAAGAAAAAACGCAGACAAUUUGGCUGCUAUUCGCUCAUUUUUUGAAAGCUUUGUUUUGAAUUGUCAAGCAAUUUAUACACCAUCUGAAUACAUGACAAUUGAUGAACAACUUGCAUCAUUUCAUGGUCGUUGUAGCUUUCGGCAAUAUAUGCCAAAUAAACCUUCCAAAUAUGGUAUAAAAAUAUAUGCCCUGGUAGAUGCAAAAACAUUUUACACCAUGAAUUUAGAAAUUUAUCCUGGAACUCAGCCACCAGGUCUUUAUUCAUGCAGUAAUAAACCGUAUGAUGUUGUUAGUAGACUUGUGGCACCUAUUUCCAAAAGUAACCGAAAUGUCACAUUUGACAGUUGGUUCACUAGCUACUCAUUGAUGUUGCAUUUGCUAAAAGAACACCAAUUGACCAGCACGGGAAUUAUUCACAAGAACCAAGCAGAGAUUCCUGAAAAAAUGUUGCAAAUUCACAAUAGAGAAAUGUAUAGUACAAUCUUUGGAUUUCAAAAAGACAUAACAUUGGCCUCUUAUAUGGCAAAGAAAAACAAAGUAGUGUUGAUACUGUCAACGUUACACCAUGAUGAUAAGAUUGAUAGUGAAUCCUCAACACGAAUGAAGCCAGAAAUCGUCACAUUUUACAAAAAAACAAAAUGUGGAGUAAAUGUUGUUGACGAGCUAUGCAGUGAGUAUGAUGUCUCUCGAAACACAAAGCGUUGGCCAAUGGUUGUGUUUUACUUGAUCCUAAACAUGUCAGGCAUAAACAGUAUCAUAGUUUACAAAGAAAAUAACAAGUGCAAAAUAUCACAGAGGGAUUUUCUUAGAGAAUUGGGACUAGAAUUGAUAAAAGAUCAAUUACAACAGUGGAAGAACAUUAUGUAUCAGCCCAAAGAUUGCAAAAGAAUCCUGGAGCAGACUGAUGAACAGACAGGUGAAACAUCACAAGAACCUCCUAACCAAACAGCAAGACCAGCAAGAUGUCAAGUGUGUCCUACAAAAAAAGAUAGAAAAACAAAACGCACAUGCUAUCACUGCAAGCGAUAUUUGUGUAUGGAACAUGCUGUUCGCAUGUGUGAAGACUGCCUUAGGUAUCAUAAUUGAACUAAGGAUAAUUUUCCUUUUUCUUUUUUUUUUUUUGGUACGGGGAGUCAAACUCAGGACCUUGCACUUGUGAGGCAGGCGCAGCACCACUAAGCUAAAUCCUUGGCCCUAAAGAUAAAUUUUCUUGUUGAGUUUUAUUUUCAUUUUAGUUCAUAUAGGAAUUUAUUUCUGUUAUUUUUUAGAUUUUUGUGAACAAAAACCAGUUGAAAAUGCUGAUGUGUAUAUUAUAAACACUCUAAAAAUUUAAUACUCUAAUUUACUGAUAUUUUAUUUUCCUGUUAAGUAUACAUUGUAUAAUAUAAUAAGAACCUCCUAAAAGAAGUGUAAUGCCAGUGAGAUGUAAAGUACGUCCUACAAAAAGUCAGGAAAACAAAACAUGCUAUCACUAUAAGCAAUAUUUGUGUAUAGAACAAGCUGUUUUCACGAGUGAAGACUGCCUUAUGUGUCAGAAUGGAAGCAAAUUAAAGAUUUUUGUUGUAGA